AUGAACGCGCUCUCGGCCACAGUGCGCGCCGCAGCGAUAGCUCGCUCCCAACGGCCCCUCACCCUCCGAAGCAUCUCCACCCUCCCACGCAGCAUCACCCUUCGACCCACGGCACGAGUCGCCCCGGUCCCCAACACCGCCCGCUACUACUCCUCACAACGCGAAGAGUCAGCCAAAGACAAACUCGCCGUGGGUCCCUUCAACCUCCGUGCCGGCCUCCUAUUUCUCGUCACCGGUGCGGGAUUACUCUACUACUUCCGCACAGAAAAAGCCAAAGUGGCCGAACGACGCAAGGCCGAGACCGCCUCUGCCAAGGUGGGACGUCCACGCAUCGGCGGCCCCUUCGAACUGGUGACCUCCACCUCCCACCCUUUCACACACGACGAUCUGCUGGGCAGCUUCUCAUUGGUCUACUUCGGUUUCACCAACUGCCCCGAUAUCUGCCCCGAGGAGCUGGAUAAGAUGGGUGAAGUGGUCGAUCGCAUCGACGCCAAGUACGGAAAGACGGUGAUCAACCCGGUGUUCAUCUCGUGCGAUCCAGCGAGAGAUACCGUUCCACAGCUCGAGAGGUAUAUUGAGGAUUUCCACCCGAGGAUGGUCGGGUUGACAGGGACGUUUGAGGCGGUCAAACAGGCGUGCAAGGCCUACCGAGUCUACUUUAGCACCCCACCAGGAGCCGAUCCAAUGGGAGAUUAUUUGGUGGAUCACAGCAUCUUUUUCUACCUCAUGGAUCCCGAGGGCAAAUUCGUCGAUGCGUUCGGAAGGAGCGUCGAUGCCACAGAGACGGGAGACAAGGUGGAUGCGUAUGUCAAGCAGUGGAUCGAUGCUGGGUUGGAGAUUAAGGAGGCCGAUGCCAGGGAGCGGGUGCAGAAGGAUGGAAGGCAGAAGGUGGGCCUUUGA